AUGUUUGACGAAGGAGACGGAACCGACAGCGGCGAGAGAGCCCAUCUGUCUCCCUCGCCGCCUCCGCCUGUCUGUCUUCCCCGAGGAUCUCCUUCCUCACCGCGGCCCCUGGACCUCUUUUCCUCCGCCUCUCCGCUGCUGGGAGACACAGAGCCGCCUUACCUCGCCACUCCGGAGUGUCUUUACCCGUCUCCAGAAAACCAGGAACCCGGAGACUCCCCACACUUCACACCGUCAAAGUUAUGCCAGAGCAUCGGGGACACCGGCUCUCCGUUUCAGUCGCGGCAGGAUGUGCGGACAGAUGCGGUGUUCGACCGCUGCGAUGACUUGUUCCCCAAGUGGAGAGGACGAGGCGCGGCGAACGCUGACGGCGUUCAGCACCGCGGACAGAGACUCCACCGGACACCGGAGCGCUCGGACCACGGGAACCACUCUGUUGAGCACGUCGACGCCGACACCAGGCCAACGGUGGACGCCAUGCAUCGCCGGCAUACCACGUUGAGAGAGAAGGGGCGUCGGCAGGCAGUGCGGGGCCCAGCCUACAUGUUCAAUGAACGUGGCUCGGCCCUCACUGCAGAGGAGGAGCGGUUUCUGGAUGCGGCUGAGUACGGAAACAUUCCUGUGGUCCGCAAAAUGCUGGAAGAGUCCAAAACCCUUAACUUCAACUCUGUGGACUACAUGGGCCAGAAUGCUUUACAGCUGGCAGUGGGCAACGAGCACCUCGAAGUGACAGAGCUGCUUCUAAAAAAGGAUGGUUUGGCGAGGAUCGGCGAUGGCCUGCUUUUGGCUAUUUCCAAAGGUUAUGUCCGGAUCGUUGAAGCCAUUCUCGCCCACCCUGCUUUUGGUGGAGGUCUCCGACUUGCUUUGAGCCCUCUGGAGCAGGAGAUGCGUGAUGAUGACUUUUACGCUUACGACGAGGACGGAACACGUUUUUCACAUGAUGUCACGCCCGUCAUCCUGGCUGCUCACUGCCUGGAGUAUGAGAUCGUCCACAUCCUGUUGUCGAAGGGGGCCCGCAUUGAAAGGCCACAUGACUACUUCUGUAAUUGUCCAGAAUGCGUGGAGAAACAGAAGCAAGACGCGUUCAGUCACUCCCGAUCCAGGAUGAAUGCAUACCAAGGCCUGGCCAGUGCGGCUUACCUGUCACUCAGCAGUGAAGACCCUGUGCUGACCGCCCUCGAGCUCAGCAAUGAACUGGCAAGACUGGCCAACAUCGAGACAGAGUUCAAGAAUGAAUACCGUAAGCUGUCCAUGCAGUGUAAGGACUUUGUGGUGGGCGUGUUGGACCUUUGUCGGAACACAGAGGAAGUGGAAGCCAUACUGAAUGGCGAUGUGGACCAGUGCCCUCCAAGCGCCUACAACCGACCCUGCCUCAGCCGAGUCAUACUGGCCAUUAAGUACGAGGUCAAGAAGUUCGUUGCCCAUCCCAACUGUCAGCAGCAGCUGCUGACUAUCUGGUAUGAGAACCUGCCCGGUCUGAGGCAGCAGUCUGUGGGGGUGAAGUGCUGGACAGUGCUGGGGGUUGCCGUAGGUCUGCCCUUCCUGGCUGUUGCCUACUGGAUAAUGCCAUGUAGCAAGCUUGGUCAGAUCCUGCGAAGCCCCUUCAUGAAGUUCGUGGCUCACGCCGUCUCCUUCACCAUCUUCUUGGGUCUGCUUGUUGUCAACGCCUCUGACCGCUUUGAGGGUGUCAAGAACCUGCCCAAUGAGACCAUCACAGACCACCCGCGACAGGUGUUCAGGGUCAAGACCACACAGUUCUCCUGGACAGAGAUGCUGAUCAUGAAGUGGGUGUUGGGUAUGAUUUGGUCAGAAUGUAAGGAGAUCUGGACUGACGGGCCCAGAGAGUACAUCAUGCACCUGUGGAACGUUCUGGACUUUGGCAUGCUGUCUAUCUUUGUGGCUUCCUUCACGGCACGCUUCAUGGCGUUCCUCAAGGCGUCCAAAGCCCAGCAGUAUGUGGACAUGCACGUACCAGACGAAGACAUUAGCAACGCCUUGCUGCCCGACGAAGUCGCCUACUUCACUUUCGCCAGGAACAAGUGGCGCCCCUCAGACCCCCAGAUAAUUUCAGAAGGCCUGUACGCCAUCGCUGUGGUGCUGAGCUUCUCACGCAUCGCCUACAUCCUGCCAGCAAACGAGAGCUUCGGCCCAUUGCAGAUCUCACUGGGGCGCACGGUCAAAGAUAUCUUCAAGUUCAUGGUCAUCUUCAUCAUGGUUUUUGUGGCCUUCAUGAUUGGCAUGUUCAACCUGUACUCGUACUAUUUGGGAGCCAAGUACAAUCCUGCCUUCACCACGGUGGAGGAGAGUUUUAAGACUCUUUUCUGGUCGAUCUUUGGGCUGUCUGAAGUGAUCUCAGUGGUGCUGAAGUACGACCAUAAGUUCAUCGAGAACAUCGGCUACGUGCUGUACGGAGUCUAUAAUGUCACAAUGGUGGUCGUUCUGCUCAACAUGCUCAUUGCUAUGAUCAACAGCUCGUACCAGGAGAUAGAGGAGGAUGCCGACGUAGAGUGGAAGUUUGCCCGAGCCAAGUUGUGGAUCUCCUACUUUGACGAGGGCCGCACCCUGCCCGCCCCCUUCAACAUGGUUCCCAGCCCAAAGUCCUUCUACUACCUGGUCCUCCGCAUCAAGUCCUGUCUGAUACGCCUCUGCAAAGCCAACAGCCAUCGCCAUAACAACGAGCUGGAGCUGGGCAUUCUCAACUCGCAGGCCAAGGAUGAACGCCUCAGGACUUAUCCACGCCCGGGAGAAGAGUUCAUCCUCAAAAGAUCUAGAAAACACCCGACCAGAUACGAGAAUAUCAUGAAGCGCCUGACUAAGAGGUUUGUGCUCAAGGCCCAAGUGGACAGAGAGAGCGAUGAAGUCAAUGAAGGUGAGCUGAAGGAGAUCAAGCAAGACAUUUCCAGCCUCCGUUAUGAGCUCCUGGAGGAGAAGUCCGAUGCUGCUGGAGAGCUGGCUCUGCUCAUCCAACAACUCGGCGACAAGUUUGGCAAGAACACCAUGAGCCACUGA